CCAGCGAAGGCGCGCGCGGCGGCCGGGCCCCGCCCCCGCCUCCGCCGCGGUGACCUUCACGGGCUCGCAGGCCGGGGCAGUGGCGAGAUGUUCGUGCAGGAGGAGAAGAUCUUCGCGGGCAAGGUGCUGCGGCUGCACAUCUGCGCGGCCGACGGCGCCGAGUGGCUGGAGGAGGUGACCGAGGACACCUCGGUGGAGAAGCUCAAGGAGCGCUGCCUCAAGCACGGUGCUCACGGGAGCUUGGAAGACCCCAAGAGUGUGACCCACCAUAAGUUAAUACAUGCUGCUUCAGAGAGAGUGCUGAGUGAUACCAAGACUAUCGUGGAAGAGAGUAUCCAGGACCAAGAUGUCCUUUUACUGAUAAAAAAGCGCGUUCCUUCUCCACUUCCCAAGAUGGCUGAUGUCUCUGCAGAAGAAAAGAAGAAGCAAGAGCAAAAGGCCCCAGACAAAGAAGCCAUCCUCCGGGCCACAGCCAGCCUGCCCGCCUGCAGCACAGACCGAACUGCUGUCCAGACCACCAUGAGAGAUUUUCAGACAGAACUACGGAAAAUCUUGGUGUCUCUCAUCGAGGUGGCACAGAAGCUGUUAGCACUGAAUCCUGAUGCAGUUGAAUUGUUUAAGAAGGCAAAUGCUAUGCUGGAUGAAGAUGAGGAUGAGCGGGUGGAUGAGACCGCCUUGCGGCAGCUCACAGAAAUGGGCUUUCCUGAGAGCAGAGCCUCGAAGGCCCUUCGGCUGAACCACAUGUCAGUGCCUCAGGCCAUGGAGUGGUUAAUUGAGCAUGCUGAGGACCCUGCUAUCGACUCACCUCUUCCAGGCCAGGCCCCCGCAGCAGGGGCAGGUGCUGCAGCUGCCACCUCCACCACCCCUGAAGCUGCCGCGGGGACUGGUACAGGAGAUGAGGAGGCCCGGGAUGAGCUCACCGAGAUCUUUAAGAAGAUCCGUAGGAAAAGGGAAUUCCGGGCCGAUGCUCGGGCUGUCAUUUCGCUGAUGGAGAUGGGCUUUGAUGAAAAGGAAGUGAUUGACGCACUCCGAGUGAACAACAACCAGCAGAAUGCCGCUUGUGAGUGGCUGCUGGGGGACCGGAAGCCAUCCCCAGAGGAGCUGGACCAGGGCAUCGACCCCAACAGUCCUCUCUUCCAGGCCAUCCUGGACAACCCAGUGGUGCAGUUGGGUCUGACCAACCCUAAGACCUUGUUAGGGCCAUUGAGGAAGGUCACCUGUGCUGGUGUCUUGGGUGUUGGCGCUCAGCUGUGCUCUCUCCUCACAGCGUUUGAAGACAUGCUGGAGAACCCACUUAACAGCACGCAGUGGAUGAAUGACCCAGAGACAGGCCCAGUCAUGCUGCAGAUUUCUAGAAUCUUCCAGACGCUGAAUCGCACGUAGGUGGUACCUACUGUGCCCCUUGGCUGUGUGUCCCACCUGCAUCCCAGGUGCUGGGCGGAGGGCCCAGCAGUGAUCUUGCCUGUAAGCCACCUUCAGCACCGGGCCUGGAUCACAGCUGUGGUGACUCUCCCUCCCUGACCUUACUGCUUAUCAACUUGUGUAGCGGUGCUUUGUAGGCCACAGUCCUAGCUUGACAGGUGUUUACAGAAAGGGGCUAUUGUACUGGGAAGGUGGGCGAUUGCAGCCCCUCCCCCCAGAUGUUCUGCUGAGCUCCCAGUGCUACUUGACUUGACCCAUGAAAGAAGGCAUGUUCCAAUCCAAAGUGUUAUGUCGCGUGUGCUAAUUUACCAGUGAGUCACAGAUGACCUCUUCAAUGAAUAAACCCUUUUCCUAUCUCCA